AUGUCCGAACCGCGGUACCGAGAGUGGAUCCUGGAGACAAUCGACUCGCUGCGCUCGAGGAAAGCGCGACCGGACCUCGAGAGGAUCUGCCGGAUGGUGCGCAGGAGACACGGCUCAGACCCAGACCGCACGCGGGCCGAGCUCGAGAAGCUCAUCCAGGAGCAAACUGUGCUGAAAGUUAACUACAAGGGCUCUGUGUCGUACCGGAACGCCGCCAAAGUGCAACGGAAAUGCCGACGGAAGGUCGAGCAGGCUGGUGAGCGCACCAAACACCCCGCUUUGGACAACAGCAGCAGUAGUAGCAACGCCAAGAACGACAUCAGCGCGCGCAGUCCCGCGGACCUGGAGGCGCUCGAGCUGACGCCGUGCAGAGAUCCUUCACCCAGCAGCUGCUCGCGCUCCGCUAUAGAGAAACGGGAAGAAGAAGACGAUGGAGAAGAAGAAACCGCGGUUUUGUCUCCUGCGACAGGCGAAAUCAGCAGUUUCACGAGUUGCAACGGGAGAAACAGCUCGUGUGACACUUCCAGUCCCGCCGCUGGACGGGUCGAGGGAGGAGAAGAGACGCGCUCUGUUCUCGGCCACGGGAGCAGCGACCUGCCCGAGUCCGAGCGGCGAACUUGCACGAGCGCUCGAAACAAUAAGCAACACGCGCCCCAACUCAGGGCUGCAAAGAGCAGCGACAAAGCAGUGGAUCUAGGCGACCGGCUCGUGGCGGCCGUGUGGAGUCUGAGCGAGCGGAACAGUCGGGGUCACGCACCGCUCGGGCUCAAAGAGAUCCUGGGCUACCUCGGCACGCAGGCCGCGCACGCGGACGGUGAGAAGCUGACCCGCCACCGCGUCAAAGUGGUGCUGGAGCGCGAGAUAGAGAAAGGUCGCUUGCGCAGGACGCGCCUCGGUCACAUCACCGUGCCCGGGAGGAGAUGGGGGGGGAGCACGGGGGCGGCCAAGGCGUCCGAGGCGUCCGCGCGACUCCCGGUGAACACGAACAGCGCACCGCAGGACGGGCGCAUCUCAAAGCAGAAAGAUAUAAAGGAGGAGGAGUCAAUGGAGGUGGAAUGUGAGGAGGAUGGAAAGAUGGACGAAGAAGCUGAGCCACUGACCCAGCUCCAGCCCCCGUACACCAAAGCAGAAGAAGAAACAGACGUCAAAAUUCACUCACACUCUCCACUUUCAACCAGUGUGGAGGUGAAGGCAUGUGGAAGUAGUGUUACUCACACACCAGUGAUCACGGAGGAGAAACUCCGGCCUUCCCUGCUGUCAUCACCCUCGAAACUGGUAUCAACUCUUCAGGAAGCUGAAAAUGAACAAUGUGGAACUGAAGUUGAAAUGGUGGAGAAAGGAGAGUCAAUUCAAUCAGAAAGUUUAACACAAGAUCAGAGAGAACCAAUACCUGACCAAGUGCACACAUUCACACAGGAUGAAGCGGUUAUUGCCUCAGAUGGUGUCAUAACUCCACCCUCUAUUCCCAUUAAAAAUUUUUGUAAGGCUGAAGUGGCUGUGUCCUCCUGUCUGCUGACUCCAUCUGCCUCUCCAGGAGCAGCUGAGGAACGAGGGAUGAACGGAGGAGUUUUUGUAAAGUCAGAGUCAAGUAUUACAAAUCUGGUCGACUGGACAGUGGCAGACGUCGCCAGUUAUUUCACAGAAGCAGGAUUUCCAGAGCAGGCUCUCGCCUUCAGGAUGCAGGAGAUCGACGGGAAAUCACUCCUUCUGAUGCAGCGCAACGAUGUCCUGACUGGCCUCUCAAUCAGACUAGGCCCUGCCCUCAAGAUCUAUGAGCGCCAUGUGAAGGUUUUGCAGAGAACCCACUUCCAGGACGAUGAAGCAUUCUGCUGAGACCCACACUCUCUGUUCUACGUACACAUGGUCAGAUUUCUCUCUGGCACACAACGGAGCUUUCUACUAAGACAAAAGCAACUUACAUACACACUCUAAUACUUCUGCAUUUCAUUUUGGACUUUCCCUUCCAUGUUAACCAUGGAACAUUCCAGAUAUUUGUUCUAAAGAUACUAAUGCACACUCACACAUGUUAUUAUAUCUUUUCAUUCCUAUGAGGAUGAAGAACAUCUAGUGAGGUGUGAAAAAGCCCCUGAGAUCACCCCACACUUCGGAGUAACAAAAACAAAGAAGUUAUUUCUUUCAGGAUGGACUGAUCAUGUGUUUACAGCUGAGAUGGAUUUGAUGCCUCUACCCAUGAACUUUUACCUAGGGUCAAAUUCAGUGGCCGAUGCCAUAGGCAUGUGUGAUGUCCAAUAGGGGGCAGCAAAUGGCUGGAAUGCACCCUAAAACACAGAAGUGUCUGUGGGGUGGAUGAUGCCACUUUUCAUGACUUCAUGGUCUGAAAUCGACUUUGUGUGCAGGAUUUCACACCAGCGCUGGACGUGCUUAUCCAACGGAAUAACAUUUUCUUUUCCUGAGCACAUAGCUGCGGCAUUGCAUCCUGGUCUUCCCUAUGCAUUUGGCAAAAUGCUGUGUGCAGAGAUAGUUAUUAUUGGCAUCUAUCAUAUUCUAGACCAGGUUCUAGAAUCCUCCCAAAGAUCAUUAGAGAGUUCUGGAUUCUGUAUCAGAAAACAGUUCAUAGAAUCUGUCAGAUUCUAGAACAGGUUGCAUAACCUCCCAAAGCUCCACAGAACGUCUUAGAUUUUGGAUUCUUCUUAAGAAAAACUUGACAGCUAGAUUUUUUUUUUUUGAUGAGCUCAUAUGCAGUGUAUGCUAUAUGGCCAAAACUAUGUGCACCCCAACCAUCACACCCUUAGGUGCUGAUUGAACAUCUCAUUCCAGAUUUAUUAGCCUUCACUGUUAUAAUAAGAUCCACUCAACUGGGAAGGCUCACUGGUUGUUGUAGUGUGUUUCUGGGGUUUUGUGUUCAUUCAGGUACAAGAGCAUUAGUGAAAUCGGCUCUUAUGUCAUGCGAGAGGGCCUGGGGUGCAGUCAAUCUAGUUCAUCCCAAAGGUGUUCAGUGGGGUUGAGUUAGAGUCAGUGCUCUGUGCAGGACACAAGCUUUAACACAUCAUGUGUACAUGGAGCUUGCUUCGUUCACAGUUCCAGUGAAGAUAAAUUGUGAUUCUACAGCACACAGAGACAUUAUAUACAGUUGUGUGCUUCCAUCUUUGUGGCAACUGUUUACAGAAGAGACACAUGGGUGUGAUGGUCAGAGAAAGCACAUACUUUUAACCAUAUGAUGUAGCUUGCAAAAUGGAACUCCCUUUAAAAUGUUAAGCAGUGCUAUAAUUCUUAGUGUGCUAUAAAUUUCCAUUGAGAUCUGAAGUCCAUCAGCAAAAUCACAUGGACCUAGAAAUAACUGCAGACUGUUGUGCUUUGUACAUAUGUAAAUGUGACACGAAUUUCACCUGUUCAAAUAAUGAAUUAAUGACGGGCUUCUCACCAGCAAUUUCAUCCCUCAUAAAAGCUCUCACCACAGAUGUUGUUCAGAAAGUGUUUUGUAUUUGGGAGUGCUAAUCUACCGUGUGUUUUCGGUAAGCAAGACGUUGGACAGCCAACAGCUAAAUUUGUUGGUUGGAGCAAACAGUGUUGGACCAGAGGUGGAAACAGUGAUAAUCUGUUGGAUUUUUGACCACUUUUGGAAAGUGGAUCAUAUUUUAUUUGACAUUCCAUUUAAGGAUCUUUCCUGGUAAAAUGACUGGUGUUACAUUUUAUUGAUGGGGCAUUUCAUAAACAGCUUGCUUCUGUGCUUUAAUAUGACUUACUUUACUGUAAUAUGACUGAAUAUGUGAAUACUAGUAAUAACAAUAAUAAUAUUGCUAAUAUAAUAUUGUAGAUAAAAGUUUACCAUCAAGCGAUGUUAGUUGUUGUACUUUUGAUGUAGAUAUCCAAUCAUAAUGUUACAGUGUUGCUAGUUGUAAAUGAGUGUAUUGCAAGGUGCUUAUGAAGUGCUCUGUAAAUAAAAUGAUGAAUAAGUAAUGCAAUAACAUUCUUAAUCAUUCAAACAAAUUCUCACAAUAAGAAUUACAUUUAAACAAUAUGGCAAACAUGAUAAUAUCAUAAUUAAAGGCUUUCUCAUGCCUUAUGUGGGAAUAUCUAUGUAUAUAUUCUGAGGUUUGACAUAAAAUACAGACCUUAUUUACACAAUUAUUACAAAAUAUAAACAGGUUCAUGGCUUAGUAAAAAUCAUAGAUAAUGAUUUUAAUUUCAUAUCAGCUAGCUUGCUGCUUGUUGGAGAGAUCAUGAGAGAACAAGUAACAAUAAUUACACAGCUGGCUAAUAUGAGUGCAGUGCUACAUUUAGGUAGCUUGCAUAUUUAAAUAUUGAUCCUAAAUUAGUGAAUUGUGUGAUUUAAGUCCAGUAUUUCAUGCAUAAAAAUUAUGUUAACUGAAAAAAGGCUUUUUCAGAUAAAAUUACCAUGUUGUCAUAUUGUCCGGCUUAAACCUGGAUACAGUCUGACAUUACGGUUCAAAGGGGGAAAAAAAAUCUUUUUUUUUUUUUGUUUUUUUUUUAAAGAGGCCCUGAUGCUGUGUGUGACUUGAAACAGUAACUGUUAUUUAUUACUUCAUGUUUUUAUAAAACUUCCUUUUAUGUGUUCUUGUCAUGUUGAGUAUAUCAUGAUGCUUAUAGUCCUUAACAUGCCUCCUGUGUGAAUGUGAUAUGUAAGGCCCACUAUUUCAUUUGUUACGAGAUUUUUUACAGUGUGUUUUUAUAGAAUGAAAGCAGUAGGAAUUAUAGGAUCUAUUGAGGGAAGUCCAAAUUAAGAGACCAAAGUGAACACUGUGUGUUACAAGUGUACAUGCGAUACUGUCUGAAUGAACUGAGAUUAUAUGGCAUCUUAAACCAA